CACAGUCUCAGUCUCUCUGUUGUUUAUCUCACCUUUCCUGCCGUCUCUAAAAUCUCCUUCUCGAAAAUGGCGGCUGCGGCGCACACUACCUUCUGGAUACCCACCUCUUCCGCCGCCGCUUCCUCCAAAACCCUAAACCCUGUAACAUCCGCCGCCCCUCGCAGCAUCGGAUUCAUUUCUUCAUCCAACUUUUCAUCAAGACCGCUUCGUGCUCGAGCCCUUCCCUUCUUUGGCUCUGCCCUCGCCGCUCGCACGGUCUCCACUCCGGCCACCAUCCCCGCCCCAUCUCCCCUAGAUUUCGAGACCUCCGUGUUUAACAAGGAGAAAAUCACCCUCGCCGGCCAGGACGAGUACAUUGUAAGAGGAGGGAGGGAUUUGUUCAACCUGUUGCCGGAUGCAUUUAAAGGUAUUAAACAGAUUGGAGUGAUUGGCUGGGGUUCACAGGGACCUGCUCAGGCUCAAAACUUGAGGGACUCUCUUGCAGAAGCAAAAUCAGAUAUUUUAGUCAAGAUCGGCUUAAGGAAGGGUUCUUCCUCCUGUGAUGAGGCCAGGGCUGCUGGAUUUACUGAAGAGAAUGGAACCUUAGGGGAUAUAUGGGAGACUGUCUCUGGCAGUGACCUUGUGCUGCUGUUAAUUUCAGAUUCGGCUCAGGCUGAUAACUAUGAAAAGGUAUUUUCACACAUGAAGCAAAAUAGUAUACUUGGGCUAUCACACGGAUUCCUUCUUGGCCAUUUACAGUCAAUGGGUCUUGACUUCCCUAAGAACAUUAGUGUUAUUGCUGUAUGCCCCAAAGGAAUGGGCCCAUCUGUUAGAAGGCUGUAUGUGCAAGGAAAAGAAGUCAAUGGUGCUGGAAUUAAUUCAAGUUUUGCAGUCCACCAGGAUAUCGAUGGAAGGGCCACUGAUGUUGCCCUUGGGUGGUCAGUUGCCCUUGGUUCCCCUUUUACUUUUGCUACUACUCUAGAGCAGGAGUACAAAAGUGACAUAUUUGGGGAAAGAGGUAUUUUACUUGGUGCUGUUCAUGGGAUAGUGGAAUCACUUUUUAGAAGGUACACUGAACAUGGAAUGGAUGAGGCGCUGGCCUAUAAGAAUACUGUGGAGUGUAUAACUGGAAUUGUUUCUAAGACCAUAUCAACCCAGGGCAUGUUGGCUGUGUACAACUCAUUGACUGAGGAUGGGAAGAGAGAAUUUGAAAGGGCAUAUAGUGCUUCAUAUUACCCAUGCAUGGACAUCUUGUAUGAGUGCUAUGAAGAUGUAGCCUCGGGUAGUGAAAUCCAGAGUGUUGUUCUGGCUGGGCGUCGCUUCUAUGAAAAAGAGGGUCUACCAGCUUUCCCAAUGGGCAAAAUUGAUCAGACACGGAUGUGGAAAGUUGGUCAGCGUGUCCGAGCAGUCCGACCAGCUGGCGAUCUUGGUGUCUAUAUCCUUUCACUGCCGGUGUCUUUGUGGCAUUGAUGAUGGCCCAAAUUGAGAUUCUGAGGAAGAAAGGGCACUCGUACUCAGAGAUUAUAAAUGAGAGCGUGAUAGAAUCCGUUGAUUCCCUGAAUCCGUUCAUGCAUGCACGCGGAGUCUCAUUCAUGGUUGACAACUGCUCAACAACGGCUCGCCUGGGAUCAAGGAAGUGGGCCCCACGCUUCGAUUACAUCCUCACACAGCAGGCUCUUGUGGGGGUAGAUGAGGGUGCCCCUAUCAACGGAGAUCUCAUCGGCAAUUUCCUCUCAGACCCCGUCCAUGGAGCGAUCCAAGUUUGUGCCCGGUUGAGACCCACCGUGGAUAUAUCCGUGCCCCCAGAUGCUGAUUUUGUUCGUCCCGAGUUGCGCCAGUCUUGAAAACCAUCACACUAAGCAGGGGCAGGCCAUGGAUUGGUGAUCUUUUUUCACCCAUUAUUUGAGGUAUUUGUGAUUCACGGGGCGAUAUAUUAGGUUCUCAAUACUAUUGGGUUCGCUUGCACUAUAAUUGUUCUGUAUGUUGUGGUGUGAGCCAUCCAAAUUCUAUUCACAUUUUUCAAUUUCUCAUUUGUAGUUCAUUUUUUAGACUACGAACAUUAUUUAUUUUCGAUCAUGUUUGUCAUUAUGAGACAGAAGAGUUAAGAAUGGCUACUCUAUGAAAAUGAAGUUUAGAUACUCCG